GGGAAGGCGGGGCCUGGUGGGAAAGUGGGCGGGCGGCCCGCUGUCCCGGGCCAGGAGCCCGCCCUGCUUGCAGGCGCUUGGGCGGGGCAGGGACCGCCGGCCGGGGCCUGCAUGAGUGGAGCUGACCGACAUCCUGUUCCUCUUCUCUCUGGUCCCUGAGAGGCAGCUGCUGCGAUUCCGUGGGGCGUCCUGAUCCGCUUACAGCUGAGGCAGGUGUGUAGACAAGCUGUUCUGCGCAGCCCAGGUCCUUCUGGAACCACAGCUGGCCCGGCUGGGACGCCGCCACCUUGGGUUCCUGCAGAGGGUGCCACCGGCCCACACAGCCAUGCGCUGCCCAGCUGUGCUCCUGCUCCUGCUCCUGGUCCUGGUGGGGGUGGCCCAGGCCUUUCGCAUCUGCGCCUUCAACGCCCAGAGGCUGACGCUGGGCAAGGUGGCCAGGGAGGAGGUGCUGGACCCCUUAGUUCGGAUCCUGGCUCGCUGCGACAUCACGGUGCUGCAGGAGCUGGUGGACUCUACUGGCAGCGCCAUCUCCCUCCUGAUCCGAGAACUCAACCGAUUUGAUAACUCCGGGCCCUACACAUUUCUGAGCAGCCCCUUCCUGGGGCGCAGCACAUACGUGGAGAAGUAUGUGUACAUCUACAGGCCCCACAAGAUGCAGAUCGAGGACUCCUACCUGUACGAUGACCAGGAUGAUGACCUCUUUACCAGGGAGCCCUUUGUGGCCAAGUUCACGCUGCCCAGCAAGGACCUUCCCAGCUUGGUGUUGGUCCCCCUACACACCUCUCCGAAGACCGUGGAGCAGGAGCUGAACGCCCUGUAUGACGUGUUUCUGGAUGCCUCCCAGCGCUGGCAGAGCGAGGACAUCAUCCUGCUGGGGGACUUCAAUGCUGACUGCGGCUCCCUGGCCAAGAAGCGCCUGGGGGAGCUGACGCUGCGCACUAAGGCCGGUUUCUACUGGGCGAUCCCCGAUGGCGAGGACACCACAGUGCGCGCCAGCACCCACUGCGCCUACGACCGCAUCGUGCUGCACGGGGAGCGCUGCCGGAGGCUGCUGCACGCGGCCUCUGCCUUCAAUUUCCCCCGGAGCUUCCGGCUCACCGAGGAGCAGGCCCUCAACGUCAGUGACCACUACCCCGUGGAGGUGGAGCUGAGCCUGAGCCUGAGCCGGGCGGAGCACGGGGCCCGGCCCCUCAGCCUGGCUGCUCUGUUGCUGUCCCAGCUGCUGCUCCUGCUGCUCCUGCCCCCACAGCUGGGCCUGGGGGCCUGAGCCUCACCCACCCUGGUAUCUGCUGCCUAAGAUGUGAUGACUGACAGCACUGCCCUUAGGACUCAAACCCCAGCCUCUCCAGGCUCUCUGCCCUGGGCCAAAGCGACUCCUGAAGGGCUUCGACUGCAGCGCAGCCUGGCCCUGCCCAGCCCUGCCCGGCCCUGCCCAGCCCUGCCCGGCCCUGUCCAGCCCCGUCCUGCCCUGCCCUGUCCUGCCCAGCUGGGCCCUGCCCAGUCCUACCCAACCCAGCCCUGCCCUGUCCUGCCCAACCCAGCCCUGCUCUGUCUUGCCCAACCUGGUCCUACCCAGCCCUGCCCUAUUGGACUGCACCCCUCUGCCUUUCCUCGGUUUGGCUUGCGUUCUUCUGCUGGGCCUGUGCCUGGCGUGAGGAUGUGUAAGAGGAAGGCAGGGGCCCGAGGCUGGGGGAGGGGAAAGGGGCUUCGCAAAGGGAAUCACAACACAUGAACAAUUAUGACAAAAAGGAAACACAUACAAACUGAGAACAAAAAGCUAGAUAGGAGGACACUACAUGUGUGGAACAGAUAUGUCACUGGGGCACCUGUAUGCACAUGGGAUCCACGUGAAUUAGCGUGAAGAUCCCAGUAGAUACAAAAUUGGAGAUAAGCAGUUCACACACACACACACACACACACACACACACAC